AACACCUGUGUGUGUGAACUGUUAAUAUUAUAUUGUUGAGGUUUGACGUUUCUGCUUCAUGUCGAACGUGAACAAGUACCGUUAACACCGUCAGGAGGUCCAGUCCCCCUUCAUAUCAUGAAGACAGGUGAUAAUGCGGGAUCACACAUCCAGCGCUCAUGUGGAGGAGCUGCUGAGGCAGUCUCAAAUGGAGCUACAGUGGAUCCAGAGACAACUAGCUAUGAUCGCUGCCAGAAACAUUCACCAUCACCACCUGCACUCAAAGGCCAAGUUGAGAUAUGAAGUUUCAUCCCAGCAAGCUUCCGGACACUCAGUCUGCAGUGUGAACCGCUUUCGCUUACUGGAGGAGAGAAACCGAGCACUGAAGCUCGAGCUAGCCACGCUCCGCCAAGAGAAGCAGCAGUACAGGAAACUGAAAGCAAAGCUCCAUGCUGCCUUGCAGGAGAAAACCCGUCUGAGCCUUGAGCUGAUCAACCAUCACCUGAAGGCAUCCGAGUAUGACCAGGUGCAAUCAGACUAUGACCAGCUGAGACAAACGUUUGCUGUAGUGAGCCAGGAGAGGGACGUGGCCCAGCAGCAGAGGAGCCAGCUCCAAGGCAAAGUAGAGAACCUGGAACAGGUUCUAAAGCAUAUGCACGAGGCUGUAGAGCUGAAGCAGCAGCUGCAGAUAGAGCAUGAGCAAGCCUUGGUGGCCCUCCACACCAAGCAGAAGGAGAUCAAUCAACUGCAAAAGGUCAAGGUUCAUGACCUGGAGCAGAAAUGCAGGUCACAGAGUGAACUCUACAACCAGCUGUCCAAUGAGCUGCUGAAUUUCCAUUUGCAGUCAGAUACUGUGGACAUCCAAAUAAUUAAACCCAAUUUUACAUCCCAAAUCCCCGUCUCACUGGAGAAGAAACUUCCACAGGUUCUUGAGGGAUUCGAAGCACAGACAGAAACAGGCGAUGAGAGCGCAGCAAACACGCCGCUACUGAUCUCCCAGUUCUUGCCCUGCACAACACAGACUGGAGACAGAGAAAGACCAGAACUGCUGUUUGUCAAAUCCAGCACCGUGAAAACGGACCGCCCCAGCAGCCCUCGAAAGCCGACCUCCUCCGAGAUGGAGAAUGAGGCCAGCUCAUCACCCAGGUCCAAGCCUCGUUACACAGGCACGGUCCGCCUUUGCACUGCCCGUUACAGUUAUAACCCAUACGAUGGACCAAAUGAGCAUCCUGAAGCAGAGCUCCCUCUUGUGGCUGGAAAGUAUCUAUACGUUUAUGGGAACAUGGAUGAUGAUGGCUUCUAUGAGGGGGAGCUGCUGGACGGCCAGCGAGGACUUGUUCCCUCCAAUUUUGUAGAGUUUGUCCAGGACAAGGAAAAACUAGCGAUUCAGUCUGGAGAGGGAGGGGAAGACCAUGGACUGCUGGACCAUAGAUGCCUGGCCUUGGUGCCAGUGGAUGGAGGUGCCUCCCAAGAUGACCUCCUGGGCUCAUCUAAUGCCUUGGUUCCCUGUAGCAAUGGGACAGGGGGACCCCUGGACCUCGAGGACCUGGCUGACGACGUUGUGCCUUAUCCCAGAAAGAUCUCUCUUAUCAAGCAGCUGGCACGGAGCGUCAUUGUGGCUUGGGAGGCUCCGAUAGUGCCUUUGGGCUGGGGGAACGUCUCUGGCUACAACGUGUUGAUUGACAGAGAGCUCCGUGCCAGUAUAGCGUACGGCGGUCGGAGCAAGUGCUUGCUGGAGAAGCUAGACCUGGACGGCUGCGUUCAUCGCGUGUCGGUGCAGUGCGUGACCGACCGGGGCCUGUCGGACGAGCUGCGCUGCACCUUGCUGGUGGGAGCCAACGUGGUGGUGGCUCCAUGCGGUCUGCGCGUGGACGACAUCCAGCGUGACACUGCCGAGCUCUCCUGGUUGCCUAGCAACAGUAACUAUGGUCACACAGUGUUCUUGGAUGGGGUGGAACAUGCAGUGAUGAAGCCAGGAAGGUACAGACUACGCUUUCUCAACCUGAAGCCCCUGACAGUGUACAAAGUGACAGUGUUGGCACAGCCACACCAGGUGCCAUGGCAACUACCGCUGGAGCAGCGAGAGCGGAAAGAAGCCGGGGUGGAGUUCUGCACUCAGGCUGCAGGUCCUACACCAUAUUGCAGAACAGGCCCUCCCCAGCCCCCUUUGGAUGUGCAGGUACUCUGUGGGCAGGCUCCAGGGGUCCUACAGGUCCGCUGGAAGCCUCCCGCCCUCUCUCCCACGGGCACAUCUAAUGGUGCAAAUGUAGUUGGUUACGCAGUCUGCACUAAAGGACAGCGGAUAGCUGAGGUGUUAUACCCUAUGGCAGACUAUGUUACCAUUGAGCUGACAAGGAUUCAGUGCCUGGAGGCUCGGGAAGUGAUUGUCAGGACGCUGUCAGUGCAGGGAGAAUCCCAGGACUCCCAAGUCGCCGCCAUUCCAAACAACCUGCUUGUGCCUCUUCCUGCAAUUCCGCUGCCACCGCCAGUGCACCCCCAUGCAGGCCCCCCUGCACACCCUCACCCUCAACCCCACCUCCAACCUCCUCACCCUCCUCAUCCCACACCCCAACUUCCUGCUCCACCCCAGGCACAUGGACAACCACUCCAACCCCAUCCUGCUCAAAUUCAACCCCAUCCUGCUCAAAUUCAACCCCAUCCUGCUCAAAUUCAACCCCAUCCUGCACAAAUUCAACCCCAUCCUGCUCAAAUUCAACCCCAUCCUGCACAAAUUCAACCCCAUCCUGCACACACUCAACCCCAUCCCAGAAUUCCCCAUCCAGGCGGACCCCCUCAGCCUCAGCUUCGAGGUCCGCAUCCUCAGCCUCGACCUCAACAUCUUCUGCCCCGUCAGCCCCACCAAGGUCCCAGGCCCCAGCACCAACUGCCUCUGCUACCCCAUCCCCAACUCCGCCCUAUACCUCAGAGACCAGUAUGUGCCAGAGACCUGGAUGCCAAAGACCAUGCAGCCCACCACGGGGGAGCUGUUCAGCCUGGACAGCCUGGCUGGGACCCCUCACGUUCCCCCUCUGCACAGCCUCCCAUGCCCAUGCAAGGCCACACUCUUGAGGCCCCGCAGCCCGCCAAUCCACGCUCCCCAUCCCCACAGAGGAUACUUCCGCAACCGCGGGGGACACUUAUCCCAGACACCGUGGCCAAAGCCAUCGCCCGGGAAGCAGCACAGAGGGUGGCAGCAGAAUGUGGCAAGGGCGACAGGCGGCAGGGCAGAUACGGAGAGCAGGGUCAUUCAUUUCACCAGCAUCACUCUGACGAGGAAGAGGAGGAUGAAGAAGGCUUUGGGCGCGGACGUCGGCGAGGACCCUCAGUUGAUGAGUUCCUACGAGGAUCUGAGUUAGGGAGGCCGCCUCACUAUAGUCACAAUGAAGAGUAUCACAGCGAAAGCAGCCGGGGCUCUGACCUGUCUGACAUCAUGGAAGAGGAUGAGGAGGAGCUGUACUCUGAGAUGCAGCUGGAAGAGGGACGCCGGCGCAACUCGCACAACACACCCAAGACAAACACUACUCCUGGAGGCCGUCAUGACCGGGAGGCUGGGAGGAGAGUUCAUCAUGGUGGUUCCCAGCCUCACAGAAGGCCUCUUAUGGUCCCCUCCAUUGAUGGCUACAGGGACCGGGAUCGCCGCUCUCCUACGUACUAUGAUGAGUCAGAGCCUGAGGAGUCCUAUCGGAUCUUUGUGGCUCUCUUUGACUACGAUCCCUUGUCCAUGUCCCCAAACCCAGAUGCAGCUGAUGAGGAGCUGCCCUUCAAAGAGGGACAGAUCAUUAAGGUGUUUGGUGAUAAAGAUACUGAUGGGUUCUACAGAGGAGAUAUAAGGGGCAGGAUGGGGCUGAUACCGUGUAACAUGGUGUCAGAGAUCCGAGCAGAGGAUGAGGAGACCUUGGACCAGCUCAUGAAACAGGGCUUCCUGCCACUCAGCACACCUGUGGACAGGAUAGAGCAGAACAGAAGAGGACUUCGUCGAGAUCAGCCCUCAAGGAGGAUGGUUGCUCUGUAUGACUACGACCCUCGAGAGAGCUCCCCUAAUGUUGAUGUGGAGGCUGAGCUGACAUUCUGUGCUGGUGACAUCAUGGCUGUAUUUGGAGAUAUUGAUGAGGACGGAUUCUACUCUGGUGAGAUCAACGGCCACCGUGGUCUGGUUCCCUCUAACUUCCUGGAAGAAGUGCCUGAUGAUGUGGAGGUGUAUCUGACAGAUACUCCAACCCACUACCCCCAGGAAGAGCCUGCCAGCCGGCCCCCUGCCAACUCCGCCGCCACCGUCUCAGAGAGCAAACGGGUACAUCAUCAUCGCCGCUCUCAGCGCUAGGCCCUGUGUUCAUCCAUCCUCCGUCCUCUCUCUUGAUUUCCGUCUCUCGCUUCCUCCACCUUGCCGUCUGUGUGCUGUUCAUUGUGUGUGUUUGUCCAUGUGGUGACAGUGGUGACUCUAUACAAACUAACAACCCCCACCCCCUCUCCUCUCAACCUUCGGAAAAGGGGACAAAAAUCCAGUGUUUAACACCUUUCUGAGUCUCAGAGAAAGGAAGAAGCAAAGCCUGACAUGGACAGAGAGAGGAUAGACUGUGGGAGCUCUCCGGGUGAUUUUUGCAUGUAGCACUGGUUAUAAGGAGGACUUGAAAAAGGCUCAACUCAUUCCUUACACAUGAUAAUUUGGUACCUCUUUGCACUGAAACUCAAAAAACCUGUUGUGGUUAUUGUGUAUAAUAAUAAGUGCUUUAUAAACACAUAACAAUUGCUACCCAAUGACACUGAAAAGAAAAUAUAUGAAAAGAAAACUAUAAAAAAAAGAGAAAAGCAUGCCUUUUUCAAACUUGAUACAUUUUAUAAGAACUUUCUUGGCUCGACUGCUGUAUUUCCUUAAAAGAGGCUUUGUUUCUUUAUGUAUAUUGCACACAUCAAAUCUAUUUUUCAGCCCUGUUGUCAGUGGAUAUGCUAUGUUUGCUCUGAGCUCGAGAGACUAAACUAAUCGCAGCACUGAUACUUCCAUACUGUGUUGUUACAAUGGAACAAUAAAAGAAAAAAAUUGGAUAUUAAAAACAAUCUUUUUUUG